UCAGGUCUUGGACAAGCCAACAUCUAUCAUGCCUUGAUUAUAAUUUUCCUUGAAUUUUUUGCAUGGGGUCUGCUAACUUCUCCCAUUAUCAGUGUCUUGAACGACACAUUUCCGAAACAUACAUUCCUGUUUAAUGGUCUCAUCCAGGGAGUGAAGGGUUUACUGUCCUUUCUGAGUGCUCCUUUGAUUGGGGCUUUGUCUGAUGUAUGGGGCCGUAAACCCUUCCUCCUUCUUACAGUGGCUUUCACCUGUGCACCAAUACCUUUAAUGAGACUCAGUCCGUGGUGGUAUUUUGCCAUGCUGUCAAUAUCAGGGGUGUUCUCUGUGACAUUCAGUGUGGUGUUUGCCUAUGUUGCUGAUGUGACCACUGAGGAUGAAAGAAGCUCAGCAUAUGGUCUGGUUUCAGCUACCUUUGCUGCAAGUCUAGUCACAAGCCCAGCCAUCGGAGCAUUCCUACAGGACAUGUACAGUGAGAAUGUGGUUAUCUGGUUGGCGGCCUCAAUAGCCAUAUUGGAUGUUCUUUUCAUUAUGGUCGCGGUUCCAGAAUCAUUACCAGAAAAACUCAGACCAGCAAGUUGGGGCUCCCAGAUCUCAUGGGAGAAAGCAGAUCCAUUUGGGGCUCUAAAGAAAGUCGGUCAGGAUAUUCUUAUUCUUCUGUUGUGCAUUACAGUAUUCCUUUCCUACCUGCCAGAGGCUGGAGAGUAUUCAUCUAUAUUUGUAUAUUUAAGAUUGUUGAUGGGCUUUUCAAAGGAAGAAGUUGCAUCUUACAUUGCUGUUGUAGGUGUCUUGUCAGUACUAGCACAGACUUUGAUUUUGGCUGUGUUGAUGAAAUACAUUGGGCAUAAACAGACAAUCAUGUUUGGCCUUGUCUUUGAGAUCAUACAGUUGACAUGUUUUGGUUUUGCAUCGCAGCACUGGAUCAUCUGGUUUGCUGGAACCAUGGCUGCCAUGUCUAGUAUAGCUUACCCGUCCAUAAGCUCCUUUGUGUCAGCUCAUGCCAGUCCCGACCAGCAAGGUGUUGCUCAAGGUAUAGUAACAGGCAUUCGAGGACUUUGUAAUGGACUAGGCCCAGCUCUGUUUGGUUUCAUAUUUUACCUGUUUAACAUUGACUUGAAUGAGAAAGCUGCGCUGCAACCAGUAGUAAACAAACUUGACAAUCAGUCCCAUCUUUCUGCCUACAAUGCUCUGCAGAUUGUGGUGCCUGGUCCUCCAUUUGCAUUUGGUGCUGUACUAGUCAUUAUGGCUUUACUGGUGGCUGUCUUCAUGCCAGAGAAUCCACAUUGCGGUGUGGCAAAAAAGCAGAAGUUAGCAGCCAUGGCCUCUUUUGAACUUCAGGAAGAAGCUGCUGGAAGCAAGAAGCAUGAAGCUGAGCCUCUAAUAGCGGAGACUGAUGUAGAGUUAUAG